AUGAGCGCGGGCAGCGGAGCCGCGGCGGGUACCGCCACCUCCGCCCUCUGCCUGCUCCUCUCGCUCACCGCUGUGGCCGUGUGCCUGCUGCUGGGCGCCAAGACGGCGGAGCUGCAGGGCAGGCUGGCCGCCCUGGAGGAGCGCGGCCCCGGGCCGCUGCUGGACGCGCUGCAGCCCCGUGUGGAGCAGCUCUUCCGAGAGAAACUGGGUGAAGGACUGGCAAAGCUGCGGACGGCAAGAGAGGCUCCGUCAGACUGCAUGUGCCCCCCAGGCCCUCCAGGGAGGCGAGGGAAGCCCGGUCGGCGCGGAGAACCAGGACCUGCAGGGCAGUCAGGACGUGAUGGUUACCCGGGGCCUCUUGGUUUGGAUGGCAAACCAGGACCUCCAGGACCAAAAGGGGAAAAGGGUGAAGCAGGGGACAUCGGCCCAAGGGGUCUCAAAGGCGAGCCGGGAGAGGAAGGCCUCGUGGGUGCCAGGGGACCUCCAGGACCAAAGGGUGAGCCUGGUAUCCAAGGGAAAAAGGGUGAUGAUGGGAUCCCUGGGGAACCAGGACUUAUGGGCCCUAAGGGAGAAAAAGGAAGCGUGGGUCCCAAGGGAGAGAAUGGCACAGAUGGCUUGCCAGGACCCAAGGGUGAACCUGGUGAGAAGGGAGGAGUUGGCUCCAUCGGACCCCGGGGUCCCCCUGGUCUGAAAGGGGAACAGGGUGACACUGUAGUGAUCGACUAUGAUGGCCGAAUCCUGGAUGCUCUCAAGGGUUCACCAGGUCCCCCAGGGCCACCGGGCCCCCAAGGUGCUCCAGGUCCAAAGGGAGAGCUGGGCUUGCCGGGUCCGCCUGGGCUGGAUGGUGAAAAGGGUCCCAAAGGAGCGAAGGGUGACCAGGGCAGCACGGGGAUCACAGGACAGAAAGGAGAGACAGGAGAAAUGGGCUUAGCGGGUCCACCGGGAGCAGAAGGACCAAAAGGAGACAAAGGAGAUAAAGGGGACACCGGGUCACCGUGUUUGCAGAACAAUCAUAUCAUACCCGAGCCUGGACCCCCCGGAUUACCCGGCCCUAUGGGUCCUCCAGGAAUCCAGGGGCCUAAAGGCUUGGAUGGUGCGAAGGGAGAAAAAGGUGACAGUGGUGAGAAGGGCGACCACGGCCACACUGGACCCGCUGGUCUCCCAGGUGCUCCAGGGCUCAUCGGCCUACCCGGUACCAAAGGAGAGAAGGGAAAACCAGGGGAGCCAGGAUUGGAUGGUUUCCCAGGUCUCAGAGGAGAGAAAGGAGAGCGAAGUGAAAGAGGCGAGAAGGGUGAGCGAGGAAUACCGGGCAGAAAAGGAGCCAAAGGGCAGAAGGGGGAACCAGGCCCCCCCGGACUGGAUCAGCCUUGCCCCGUGGUAUGUCCUUUAUUUCAGCCACCCUAAGCACGCGCUGCCGGGAUGGAUAAGGAGA